AUGUCCCCGUCGCCGAGGUGCAUCUUCCCUUCCUUCGUCAUCGCGUCCGAGAUCGCCAUUCUCGCCUUCACCACCUACCUUAUCGCUAUCAACUACUCCGCCUACCACAACGAUCGCUCCCUCGAGCCCGCCAGCGACGAUGCCUCGGUCCUCAGCUGGAUCCAGCUCUCCUCCACCCCCUCCAUCCUCCGCCUGCUCUACGGCUGCCUGUGCGGCGACCUCGAGAACCUCCCCGUUGCCCUCUACGCGGCCGGCUUCGCGUGGGCCGGCCUGACCAUGCUCUGCACCCGCUUCAGCACCCCCGCGACCCUCCACAGUGGCCACGCCCACCUCAUCGCCAUCGACGCCGCCAUCGGCACCUUCUUCCUCGUCGCCGUCUUCCUCUGCAGGCCAGCAGCCACCACCGCACCCGUUGCGAACGGGGAGCUGAAGCUGGGCGAGAAGCUGGGCGAGCCGAUCGAGCAGCAGCCCACUCGCAAGUCCAACCUCUCGGCGUACCUGGUCCGCGAGGUAGUGGCCUGCUGGAACUCGUUCCGGUUCAUGUACAUGGAGUUCAAGCUCGUCCUCGCCGGCUGGGGCGCCAUCCAUGACCAGUCCAUCGUGGACGGGCUGUUCUGGGGCCAGACCAUCGGGUUCGCCAUCGACGCCCUGCUCGCCCUCGGUAUCAUCGUGCAGGCUCUUCAUGCCCUCGUCCAGGCCUUCCGGACCAAGACAGUCUCCCUUUUCGAUGCAUCUGGCUAUGCGCUAAUCGGCGACGUGACUGCCACGAUCCGCUAUGUCUUGGACUUUAUCUGCAUCUGCGUCCUCGCCGCGGGACCCCUGACGGGCACCAUGCUGCAUGUGAGCCAGUACGCCUCGCUCGUCUCCAUGCUGCUCCCCGCGUGGUGUGUCAUCGGCACGAUCAACAUGUUCUCGUGCUCGGGCAUGGUCAUGGAGGCUGAUGAGGAAGACGAAGAGAAGGAGGAGGCCGAGCGGCCCUGGUUGGUCACCGUCUUCGUGGAUGAGAAGAAGCGGGAGGGGGAUGUCAUAAUCGUGUAA